GCCUAAAAAUACUAAAAAGUAGCCACAGAGCCAACAAUUAGGUCAUUUUGUUGCCAAACUAAAUUUUAAUUUGUUAAAAUAUGGUUGCAGAAUCCCAGCCUACGUGGCUCUACAAUUAUCGGAUAUCACCAAGACGCAUGGAGAAAAAAGCAACUGCUUACACUUUACAGUUGCACGCCUAAUAAAAUGGUUUCUAAAAUAAAUACAAUUUUGACAGCAGCAGCGGUGUUGUUGGGAUUCGAUCCGUGUUUUGGUGAUAUUUGCUGUCUGCCAGAUCAGUUUGAAGCGAACGUGGUGUACGAUGAUGCCAAUGUUUUUAUCGAUGCUAAUGUUGGGGACCGCUUACAGCUACAUCAACAGCACAAUGGCCGUCGCUUAUGAUUACACCAACAAGAGAACGUGGUUUAACGUGACUGCAGUAGAGUUAAGUCCCCUGAUUCCGAAGCCUGUGAAAUCUGAGUACACAAUCAUCAACGAUUACGUCAAAGGCAUUCAAUACAUGUUCCACAACAGUCAAUGUGACAAGCAAAGCAUCGGCUCUCUCCAGCGGCAGUGUAUUCCAGAUAGCGCGCUACGCCUGACCUAUGGAUUUAUCGGCUUCAACGAGACGAACACGGCAACCUUCCAGUACGUCGUCCCCGACUCUCCUUACACAGCCGCUGUAACCAUCGAACCACGGUCUUGUACGCCGGCCUAUGCCGUCUUCAUGACCAACUCGGUGGUACCAGACAGCGGCACCUUGAACAGCCUGCUCGUGUCUGACGUCACACCUGGGAUCAAAGGCGCCUCCAUCUUCAUGCCGCCCAAGAUUUGUUCCGAUGGUCACGAUAUAGAAACCCCACAAGAAAGAAGGAUGCGUCGACUGUUGCAUAGGUUCACCUUGACCUUCCCAUUCUAUAUCCGGCCUAAUUAAAUGGUACUAUUUAGCGUUUUUAAAAAAAUAAAGGAAAACUACAUUUUUGUU